AUGGGGCUUUUCAGCGUGAUGGAACUCGCAGAGAAGCUUUCCAGUGGUUUGAGUACACAAAAUGUGAUACUCGCGGGCAUCGCAGUCCUUCUCGCAAUUAACCUAAAGGGCCUCCCUUGUGUCUGGCAUAUCCGAUUAUUCAGAGGCCUCGCGACACAACUGUUCCUCGAAAAUCCCGGUAAAAAAUUGGUGGGAAUUAAUGGCUCCGCGCCCCGUCUCUUUUCGUAUCUAGUGACCACUCACCGCAAUCCGCCCAUUGAAUGCGACUACAACAUGCACAAAUCCAAUAGUACUUUCUUUUCCGAUUUGGAUAUCAAUCGCUCUCAGUUGCUCGUCGCGCUAUUUAACGGAAUUCCGCGCUGGUCGCCCACACCUGGAGGAAAGGAAAAACGCCUCAUGGUUGCCCUUGGAGGGACGUCUUGCGUGUUUAAGCGCGAGAUCAAACCGUUUCAAGCUUAUGAAGUAUGGUCACGGGUGCUGACGUGGGAUGAGAAAUGGUUGUAUAUUGUCAGCUAUUUUGUCAAGAAGGGAACCGGGAAAUCCGUUUUGAAAGCCGUCGAAGAGAAGGAAAAAGGUCAAGGUCAAAAUGCUGGGUUUGAUUCAAGCAAGGCAAUCUUGGCGUCAUCCGUGUCGCGCUACGUCUUCAAAUACGGGAGGAUGACUGUGCCGCCGGAGAGCGUGUUAACGAAGACUGGUUUGUAUCCGGAUAUUAGUUCAUCAGAGGAGCCGGACAAGGAAGACGGUUCGCACACCAAGACGGCUACUGCAAAGGAAAAGAAGUCAUGGGAUCUAAACAUGUUCGAGGCUCAGAAAGUGCGCGGAUUGGAAGCAGCGAUGUUAUUUCAGGGAUCGGAUGCUGUUGGUUCGCAUUUUGAGGAGAUGGCAGUUUCAGUCCUUGGAAAGUAUGCGGAUAUAUGA